AUGGAUCCAAUUGAUAUUGAUUAUAAAUCAAUCGCAGAAAUAGCAAUGCUCAAUAUUCCAGACACUAAUUAUGUUGAUACCACAGUUGAUAAGAUUGAAAUUGCUACAAGAAUCGGAGUUUGUCAUUGUGAAAUUCGCAAUUGGCUGAAGCAGGAGUAUCCAAAUGAUUCAAGCUACGAAAUAACAGGAAGAUCAAUAUCAAGAAUUUGUAGAUUAAUUACUUAUUAUAGUCAACCUGAUAAUAAAGAUGUUGAUUCCCAGCAAAUCAAGAGAGCUUUGACAAUCGCUUACAAUAAGAAUCUUAACGAAAUAGAUAAUGAUAAGUCUGAACUUAAUCAAAAGAUUUAUAAUUUUUUCUUUCAAAAAAUUGAUAAAGGUUUUGUUAAGGAAUUAAUGAAAUUAUAUUUAUCGUUAUUAAUUGAUAGCGAUGAAUUUAAGAAAUUAAUUGAAGAAAGAAUACAAAAUGAUCAGCCAAUUAUUGAUGUAUUUAAAGUCAUUGAAUGUGCACAGUUGAAAGACAUCUUGGAUGCAAUAGAUUUAUUGAAUAAUUGGGUCAAAGAUUUCAAAUCAGUAACAAAACCAAAUUGGUUCAUCGAUUUCAUUUAUUUGAAUAGAUUGUAUCAAAUUGUUGAACAACUUUCUAAACUUAAUGCUAACACAAUCGAAGAAAUCAAAGAGUUAACAAUAGCCAAUUGUCAAAGAUCAAAGGAUUCUAAUUUGAAUGAGAUCGUUGCAGAGUUUACAUUCAUUUCUCAAACAUAUCCUACAUACGAAGGCAUUGUUUUACCAAGUGAACUCGCUUCAGAAAACAUUGAUUUGAAGUAUAUUUCUGAUGAAAUCAAAAACAAUAUUUUUAGAUAUCCAAAUUUAUAUUUCAAUGUUCCAAAUAUUAGUGUUAUUUCACAACUUUUUGAUGGAAUAUUCAAACAUAUUUUCGAUGCUUACUUAAUAUGCUUUGAAAUAAAAAGCCAUGACUUACUUACAUUACUUGAUAAAUUUACAACAAUGAUUAUUAAGAAAGAUUUAUUACCAUCAAAAACAGUUGAAAUAUCACAUCUAAUUAAUUCCUUCAAUAAUAAUUCAUUGACUGAACUUUACAACAUCGAUCUCAUUGCGAAAUCGUUCAAAAAAUACGAUUUCGGAUUACCAAAAGAUUUCAUGGAAAUUCUGAGUAAACUUCAAGAUGAAUACGACAAGAGAAAUCUUAAUAAUGAAGAUGAAAGGAAGUGGGAUAAAUUGAAGGAAAUUCAUCCAGAAUUAGCAUUUUUGUUUGAUUUGACCGAAACAAUUGGUUGGGUUCCAGCUGGCAUCGAUCAAGAGAAAGUAAUCAAACAAGCGAAGUCACCAAAUAUAGUUUCCUAUGAUAAACUUUCUUCUUAUGUUACAAAGACUGAUCCAGAAAACAAAUAUCAAUCUGACUGGUUUAUUGCAUUAAUGGAUUUCUCUUCUGAUUUGUAUCAUUUCGGCAAUCUCUUGAAUACAAACAGUUGCAUUUCAAGUCUUUUAGUAUUACACAAUCGCGGCUACAACAUAGGAGAUAUCUUUAAGACUUAUGAUGGUAUUUCAUUAACUUUGAAUAUGUAUGAUUCAAAUGCAUUACUUUUUGAUAUUUUUGACAAAUACCUGAACGCAAUUUAUAAUUCUGACAGGAGUUUAUUCAAUGUUAAUAAUCUCAUUGAAAAGGUAAACAGCUAUAUAAACCAAAAAGAACUUCCUAGUCCAAGCUGGUAUGAAUUUAUUGUUAAAUACAAUAAGAAAUAUGAUGUUAAUUUGCCAAUAAGAAUUCCAUUUUUCCCAGAAAGAAGUUUACUUAAAAUUUGUUCUAAAAUAUAUAAAACUAAUUUCAUGACAGUCCAAGAUAUGAGGAAAUAUAUGAAAGAAGUUCAUGAAAGAAGUCAAGACUAUGAAAAUUUGAUUGCAAAGGCCACAUCAAAGAAAUACGACAUUCGAGAUUUCCCUCAAUUUGAAACCAAUGACAAAAUAAUAUCAUAUACUGAUGAAUUUCCAGCUCAAGGUCUUUUCUUGAUUCGGAAUCUAGACUUUUAUAAACUUCUUGACGGAUCAAAUAAAGUAUUGACAUAUGGUAUGUUCAUGAUCAGAGUUGUUUCUUCUUUCAAACAAAUCGUUUUCGAAACAGAUAAGUUCACAAGUGAAAUGAAAGAAUCUGUCAACAAUUCAAUUCAAAAUUUGUUGUCAGUUAAAGAAAACAAGAAGUCAAUCAUUGUUUCAUUGUCUUUGUCAAAUCCACCAUAUUGUUUCAAGGAAUUCUUCACAUGUUUGUUGCAUGACUGCAUAAUACAAGCUGCAACAUAUAAAUCAAAUGAUCAAUAUGUCAGGCAAGCCAACAUGUUUAUUGGAGAUUACUUAUCUCACUGCUUGGAAAAAUACAAUCCUUUGACAAAAGAAAAAUGGGAUUCAUUUAUUUGUGGACAGACAAGCUAUCUAUUGGAUCCAAUUGGAGAAUAUAUUAGAUAUGUUCAUGAUCAUCUCAAUGAUAAGAAUGAAAAAUUGAUGGAAAAGAAAAAUAAAUGCGUUGAAAAUAUUAAAGAAAAAGAAAACGAAAUCAAAAAAUCACUUCUACAACUUGAAAUGGCAAUGAAAAUUGAUGAUCCAUUGAAAUUCAGAAAUCAGUUUGAACAAGACGAUUCUUCAAAAGAAAUUGUUGAGGCCUACCAAAAUUAUUCAACCAUUAUGAAAUCAAUUUUAAGUGAAAUGACACAAUUCAAUUGGGAUCCUAAUUCACAACAAUUAACUGUGUACCCAGAGACAAAGGAAUUAUAUAAAUUCCUGAAUAAAUUGGAUUCAGGAGUUUCAACUAAAUUUGAGGAGGAAAUUGGACUAAUUUAUAUCCAUGAUUGGAAAUAUAAAUCAAUUUCUUUCAUCAAUAAAAACAAUCCUCAAAACAAAGUUGACUACAAUAUUGAACCACAUAAGGACACAUUUUUGGUUGUUCCACAUAAAUUCAUCAAUGAACUUGAAAUUAAAGAACCUUUGAAUCUAUUUACAAUCAAAAUUUCUAAAUUUGCCCAAAAAGAAGAAGGAAUUAAUUUUGAAAUGUUAGAAUUUGAAUGGGAAAAUUUCAACAGGUUAUUAAAAAAGAAUCCAAAAGCAUUGGAUAGUAUUUAUGAAGAUGAAACCUCAGUAAUUUUUGUUUCAAACCAGACAGAAUAUACAUUCAAUGAUCUUUCAGAAUUUGUCAAAAACAAACAGUCAGAUAAACCAUAUUUAGAGGAAUUUAGAAACAAAUUUAGCAAACCUCAACACAGGAUAAAUCCAGAUAUUACGGCAUCUAAUACUAAAAAGAAAUUAGAGGAUCUUGAAGGAAAAAUCCAAGAAUAUGAUAGAUGUAUCGAAAAUCUUGAAGAAGUUUGCCAAAAAAUUGAUAAUUUUCCAUUUCAGAAAUUUGAACCUCCUAAAAAUAAAAACAAUAAACCAACCCUAGAUUCUAACGAGGAUAAUAAGGAUAAUAAGGCUAAGAAGCCUAAUAUUAAAAUUGACUUCACUAAGGCCGAUAAUUCAGCGUUUAACAUGGCAGCUGUUAAUGUUGAUAAAGAAAAUGUUAUUCCAACAUUCAGUUCCAUCAAAUCUGAUGUUCCUUGCAUAUUAAGAGGCAUCCAAACAACUCCAAUUUGCAUUCCUGUUUAUGUUUUUGGAAAUGCUUCAAAAGUUAAAAUCGAAUUUCAUCCAACAUCACAAGAAACACCAACUCCAACUUAUGAAAUGAAGGAUGCACAAAUUAAUUUAAUCUUCCCAAUAAAUGACAUAAUACAAGAUAUGACUUUCACGGGAAUAAUGAACAUCAACACUAAAAAGAUUGAGUAUGAAGUCAAGGCUCAUUUCAUUGACUCUGUUGUUUUCCUUGAUUCUCGUGGAAACAAGUUUAUCAAUCACAGGGACGGAAUUACUUUUGAAAAAGAUUUUAUCGCAGAAGAUAAUAUCAAUAUUAUCCCAGAAAUUACAGGAGAAGAAAAUCCAAAACAAAAAAUUUUGAUCGAAAAUGUCAAAUGUCAGUUACCAGAAUCUCCAAUACAAUUGAAAGAUAAUGACAAAACAAUUGUUUUUCAAAAGUCUUCUAAAAAUGAUUUGAUCGAUGGUAUUACUUUCCACGUGUAUCACACUCCAUUGGAAAAUUCUCAAGUCAAAAUCAAUACUCCAUCUAAUUUGUAUAAUAGAAAAAUUUUCUUUAAUUCAUUAUAUCCACCAUAUAAAACAAUAUCAGUUAAAAAUGAAUUAGAGAUUGGAUACACGUAUAACAAAUACUGUUUCCUUGUUUCAUUCUUCAUGAAAUAUAGAGAAGAACCAAGGAUUACUAUUAAAGAUUGUUUAAACAAUGUCAGCCUCAUUAAUAAGAAGAUUACUUCUUCAUUCGAUGAACAUCAAGGUCAUAUUAUUAUUGAAGUCGAUAUAAAGUCAAUUGCAAGCAAUCAAUAUGAAAAAUCAAUGCUGGAAAUUAGUAUUGAUGGCCAACAAUUCCAAUGGAAAAAAGAAAUUCCUUUGAAAAUAAUUUGUCCAGAAAGGGGAAAUCCUCUUAAAUUUGGAGAAUGCAAUUGCUAUUAUAAUGAUAUCAGUUAUUCUUUAUAUCACAAGAAUAGAAUGCUUCCUCAUGCUUAUUAUGACGAAAAAGGAUAUGGAACAAUUCUGACCACAAAUAAAAUCAAAUCCAUACCAAAGAUAGUUAAAGGCACAUACCAAAAGGAGUUAAAUGAUAAGUGCUUAUUGCUUUUCAUCAAUAAUAAUCUUUGGAUUCCUGCUUCUGAUCCUAAAUUUGGUAAAAUUGCAGCAAAUAUUAAAGAAAUGCCAGAAACAAAUCUUAAGGAUCUUCUUACUCAAUUGGAAGAAUUCUUCGGAAAAAAUGCAAUUAACAUCAUUAACAGCAAAAUCAAGAAUUUCGUUAGGAAAGAAGAUAGAGAACAAUCAAUAAAGGAGUUUAUUGUUAAGAAAAUGCAGGAGAAAUUCGAUAAACUCAAAAAUGAUGAUUUCCAAUUAACAUAUGAUGAUCAAUUUAAUAUUAACGAUGUUAAUAGCAAAAGAAACAUAAAAUUUGAUCUGAGCGAAGUUAACAAUCAAAAAGCCAAAACAGUGAACAAUUGA